GUCGCGCGGUCACACGGAUCCUCAGUUCGCAUUCGGAGGCCCUGCGAGCUACAUCUCUUUGAGAAGGAAAAGAAAGAGUCGACGGGAGCUUUCAAGUUUCCCCCUCCACGGGAUCCGCGGCAAAGAUUCUUCGAUCCGAAAAAGUGCCAAGUUUCUCUCGCACGUACUCUCUCUGUCAUCGGUAUAUACAUAUACACAUAUACGUAAUCGUCUUUCGUUUUCACGGUGAUCUCUACACGUGACAAGCUGAGCAUCGAAGAGGCUCGAAGGCAAGAGAGCGGCGUGCUUGCUCGACGCGAGAGGAGAUAUAUUUCGUUUAUUCGAUCGUUUAAAUUGGUUGAUUUCGCGAAUCUGAUUCGCGUCCUUGUUAAUCUCCUCGUACGCUUGAGAGAAUCGAAACGGGUGUGCUUCCAAUGUAAAUCUACAAGAGCGUAUCGUCGGAGUGGCAGUUUUUGUGUUAUCGAAGUUGGUAUACGUAUUACCGCGGUUUUUUCACGAUUAUCACGUACGCUGUUCUGCUCUGAAGAAGAAAGAAAAGAAGAAAAACAAGGCUUAGCCACAGCCGGAUCGCAACUACGUUAAAACUAGCUCCAGUGUGUUUUUGUGCGAAAUCGAGAGAACAUGUCGACUGCCGUCAUGAGCACCCCUAUGUUCGACUGUAGCAGCGAGCACAUAUUUAAGAACGCAUCUGCGAAGGCGAAGGAGGCGACAUCGGGAUCCGCGACAAACACCUCGAGCAACGGUUCGAGCGGGAACAAUGGGGGACACGCGCCACUUCGUCGCUACACCUCCCUGGUAACAACCCUGAUCGAGCAACACCGUAAACUGGAUCGCAGCGCGAGCGAGCCGACCUCCCGGUACAAGACCGAGUUGUGCAGGCCAUUCGAGGAAAGCGGCACCUGCAAAUAUGGCGACAAGUGUCAGUUCGCUCACGGGUACAGCGAGUUGCGCAACCUCGCCCGCCACCCGAAAUACAAGACCGAGCUGUGCCGCACGUUUCACACGAUCGGUUUCUGCCCGUACGGGCCCCGUUGCCAUUUCAUCCACAACUUCGAGGAGGCUCGGAUCCACAAUCAAAAAGUGAGCGCCCAGCUGGGAUCCACCCAGCCCAACAUAAUAAGCCUAAACCCAUUGUUGAGCGCGGCGGCGGCCGCGGCCGUGGCCGCCGGCGGAAACGGGUGCAACGGAUCCAACGUGAAUUCGAGCAGCAACGUGUCGUUGCUCGAGCAGAUAGUCGCCUCUCCCCAAGUGACGGCGAUCGCUGCCGCGGCCACCACCCCCAACCUCAUGAGGACCAACUCGUUGAGCUUGUGCAACUCGAGCAACGUGUACAAUCCACCGCCAUUGCUCAGAACCAACUCGUUGAGCUUGACGACCAGUCAACACCACCACCAUCACCAUCACCAUCACCACCAUCAUCAGACCGGUUCCACGAGCGCGAGCUCGGUGAUCGGCGCCACCAGGCCCAAACCGUUGAAUCUCAGCCCGACCUUCUCGCUAGGCAGCACCGGGGACUCGAUUUCACCGUCGUCCAGCCUCAGUCAGUCGCCCACCAACUCGAUGGCGAGUUUCUUCAGCGACGACUGUAAUCAACAACCGUCCGUCACCAGCCUGCCCACCACGCCGUUCAGCUUUGGCCAGGAUUUCGGCCUUCUCGCGACCAGGCAAAGCCCCAGCCCGCGAACCAACAGCGUUUGCAGUCCUUUGGGAUCGGACGAGCUCGCGCCGAGGACGCCGUCCCCGUUGUCGCCCAACGCCGAGUCCAGGCUCCCCGUCUUCAACAGGAUCAGCAGCACUCUCGCCGACUUCGACAAUCUUAAGAUCUAAGGAAGCUCUCCUUUCCGACUCCUGGGUCCUUCCACUCUUUGGUAUUUUAUUCUUUUUGUUUUCUUCUUCUUCUUCUUCUUCUUCUUCUUCUUUUUCUUUUCUUUUUCUUCUACUAUUACUACUACUAUUUCUUCUUCUUCUUCUUCUUCUUCUUUCUUUCUUUCUUUUUUUCUUUCUUUCCUCGCAAUCUUUUGUAAGAGAUGUAUACGCGUACGAGGAUGUUUCGAACAACACGUGCGAAGGAAGAACAAGAGAGAGGACAAACAAAGAGCGUUGGACCCAAAAAUAUAUAUUAUUCUAAUUUAAUAAUAUCGAUGGAAAAGACAGGAGAAUGUGUUUAAGGGAGAGGGACACGGACUCUUCCACCGACUUGAAGAGGUUUUUUUUUUUUCUUUCUUCGUCUUCUUCUUCUUCUUCUUCUUUUUAUUCUUUUUACACGCGCACGCGCGCGCGUAUAUACACACACACAUACAUACAUACAUAAAUAUAUAUAUAUAUAUUUUUUUUUAACAUUUAAACUGCAUUUCUCGCGUUAGACGGAUCCUUCCUCUCCGUCAGCUUCUUAUUUAAGCGUUUCUUUUCUGUUCGUAGGACACGUUAGGCAUCUUACUCUCGUUCUUUAAAAACGAUCAUCUCUUCCUUUUUUUAUCAUAAUCGUCACGAUUAUAUUAUUAUAUUAUUAUAUAUAUAUAUUAUUAUUAUUAUUAUUAUCGCUACAAUUUAAUAUUAAUUAUUAACGUUAUCAUUAAUAUCACUACAUCGAUAUUGAAUAUCGUUAUUAUUAAUCUUAACCGUAUUCAUAGCGUCAGUCAUUUUCUGACCAACGGAGCCGUUUUCUUCUUCAUUUUUUUUUCUCCCCCCUCCCCUCCCAUUAUCAUCAUCAUCAUUAUCAUUAUCACCAUCGUCAUCGUCUCAUCGCCAUCAUUGUCAUCGUUAUCGUUAUCGUCAUCUUCUUUUUAUUUUCUUCUAUUUUAAGUUUAACGCUCGUUUAACGGAAAGGACGAGAUGAUAUCAGCCCGGAUGUCUCGACCUGCUCGUGGGAAUCCUUGAUAUAUACGCGAUUCAACCAUGGAGAAAGGGAAAAAUACGGGGAAAAGGGGGGAAAGUAAAAAAAAAAACGUAAAAAGGAAAAAAA